AUGCCACAAUUCUACCAAAUGUUCGUUUCUGCAAUCCGGCUCUUUCGGGCCCUUUCAGACUUUUUUGGGCUUUUUCGGGCUUUUUCCGGCUUUUUUGAGCGUUUGUGGGCUUUUUUUGGCGAAGACGAAAAGACGAGUCCCAUUGGGUUAAGCGAAUCAUGGCGCGUGCCUAUAGAUGCAGACCCUGCUGUUGAAAAGGAGAGAUGUGAGAGGCGUUUUGUGUGCUUUUCGGUUCAUAUUUAUCCCCGCUUUCUAUCCAUUUUGCGAAGGCUCCAUUCCUACGUGCGUUUGGCAUAUUGAUGACAAUGUGAUCCACAUGCUCCAUGACCACGGCUCAAAAUUUUCAAAAUGACUAUCGUGAACUACAAUCGUUCAAAAGUUCUCUUACACUCUGACCCUAAAGACCCUGGUUUGACACAUUGACGACAAUGUGCCCACAUGGUGGGUCACGGCUCAAAAUUUUUAAAAUGACUGCUAUCUUGAACUACAGUCGUUUCGUUCUCUUACGCUCUGACCCUAGAGAAUAUUUUUGCGUUUGUCACCAGCUCCGUAGAAAUAUUGUCGGUGUACUUUAGUUGACGAUCUGCAUGAUUUAAGCUGAAUAUUUUCGAUUUAACCAUGAAAUGCAUUGUCUCACGAGGCAGACAAAUAAAAAUGCUUGUUGUU